AUAAACUCUUGAUUAGUUAACUUUGACAUAACAGUUUAAUCAUAUGUUAUUUUCUAAAAUUUUAUUUUAUUAUUAGACCACACAUUAUGAAAUAGUUAUGUAACAAAAUUCUAUAACAAUUACAUAAAUUAAAAAUUUAUCAAUGUUAAUUACUAUAACUUAAUUUUAUUAUUAGACCACACAUUAUAAAAUAUUUAUGUAAUAACUUUCUAUAACCGUUACAUGAAUUUUCCUUAAUGAUUUAUACACUAUGUAAAGUUUACGGAAAAAGAAUCAUUUAAUGUGUAUUAAUUUUAAAAACAUAAUAUUUAGUUUUCCAUAAUGAUUAAACACUCCAUAAACCUUAUGUAGAAACUGUUGAAUUAAACAAAAUGAUUACAUAUGUUAUUUGUAAUGAUCAAAACAUUACGUGAAACUCAUAUAUAUCAUUUAAUGUGUAUAUAUAUUAUCUAAAUAAUUUUUUGAAUUAUUUAAUUUAAACUAUAUUAUUAGUUUCUUAUCGUGGCGGAGCGAAGGCCAAAAAAGUAAUAUUUUUUUAAUUGUUAAACAUACAAAGGUAUGUUUCCUUCAGAAUGGAUGGUGGGAAUUGGGUUAUAAAACAGCGGCAUAAGCAUAAUUAAUCCUCCAUGGUUAUCUUGUGGACCCUCAGCCAGCCAGUACCUUUUUCAAUAAUUGUGUUCCUCUCUUUCUAAUUAAAAACUAAUUGCUUUAUCAAUUAAAAUAGUGCAGGUGACAUUAGAGAUCCAUAUAUCGAGCUGCAAAUUGCUUUCCGAAUAGUCAAUUAAAGAUCAUCGACCCCAUCGAUCAUCAACCCGGUGGGGAUCGAUUCAUUCAAUUCCCCGCCCAUAUUCAUCAUUAUUAUCUAUCCUCCUGAGCAUCACCAUCCGCAUCCGCAUCCACACCUAAAUCUCCCAUCUCCCCACCUUCCCAAUCGAUCAAAACUGUACACAACACACAGAAAAUUAAAGCCUCAACUGAUCAGAUCGACCGUAGAAAAAAGACACAACCAUGGACGACGAACUCAAGAACUUCACCAAGGUAUGGACAUGGGCGUUCCUCUGCCUAACCUACGCAUACUUCAUCUCCUCAAAGCUCCCAAAAGGCCUCCUCCGCCUCAUCUCUCUCCUCCCCGUCCUCUACCUCUUCACCGUCACCUUCCCUCUCUCCCUCCACUCCGUCCACCUCGGCGCACCCACCGCCUUCUUCCUCUCCUGGCUCGCCACCUUCAAGCUCCUCCUCUUCUCCCUCGACCUCCCCCCUCUCUCCCCGCCGCCGCCCUCCCUCCUCCACUUCACCUCCCUCGCCUCCCUCCCCGUCAAACUCAAACCUCGAGAGAAUGAUUCGAAGUUCUUGCAGAGUACUGAAACCAUACAGUACCAGAUACGGGAUAGAUCUUCCAAAGAACAGACGACCUUCUUGCCUAGACCGUCGAUCUUGUUCGCUCUCAAGUUCAUCCUGCUCCUCGCGUUGUUUAACGUCUACGACUACCGCCCCUUCAUUCACCCUCUCCUGAUCCACGCCCUCCAUUGCCUACACCUCUACCUGGAGCUCGAGUUUUUCUUGACUCUCGUCGCGGUUCCAGCUCGAACUUUAUUAGGAUUCGAGCUGGAACCGCAGUUCGACGAGCCCUACCUCUCCACCUCCCUCCAGGAUUUCUGGGGAAGGAGGUGGAACCUCAUCGUGACCGGCAUCCUGCGACCGACAGUUUACCUUCCCGUUAGACGUGUCGGUGAGGGUGUGGUCGGGAGGAGGUGGGCCGCGCUGCCAGCUGUCGUCGCGUCGUUCGUGGUUUCCGGUUUGAUGCACGAGGUGAUCUAUUACUACCUGACGAGGGCCCGUCCGACGUGGGAGGUGACGUGGUUCUUCGUGAUUCACGGGGUUUGCGUGGCCGCCGAGGUGGCGGUCAAGAAGUGGGUGAGGGAGAGGGAGAAAGGGUGGGGGUGGCUGUGGUUGUCGCCGGUUGUGUCGGGGCCGCUGACUGUGGGGUUUGUGGCGGUGACGGGGCUGUGGCUUUUCUUCCCUCAGGUGGUGAGGAACGGGGUGAUUGAGCGGAUCGUCGGGGAGUACUCGAUCUUCGUCGGGUUUUUGUGGAGUAGAUUUAACACCGUUUUUUCUCUCUUUUUUUCCGAGUCUUAGAUUUUAGUCAAUGUGUACUUCAUUGAUAGAUCCGAUCAAUCUCUUAAUCUUAUAUAUUAUAUUCUUUAUGCGUUAAUUAGAUACUGUGUUUCUUUUAUGGUUUUAAUUACUUAAUUGCACGGGAAAAUGUAAUCACAUGCCAUCAUUAAGCACCCGCAUCACGUGGGAAGAAGAGAUGGGGCACCAAACCCUACAUGCCAUAACUUAUUGAACGUGGGCAAUUUUUAGACAAGAUUUGCCCCUUCAACUUCUUUAUUUUAAUCAUGCUGAGAUACACUACUUAUGAUACAUUUUAAAUAGAUUGAUUUGCUUCAGUUCAAAUUUCCUGUAACGAGAGUAAAAGUAAAAAGGGUAUUUUCGUUUACACAAUCAAUUUUAUAUGAAUUAUAAUACAUUUUAAAGAGUUUGAUUUGCUCAAUUUCAAAUUUCAUGCAACGAGAGUAAAAUUAGGAAGGGUAUUUUCGUCUACACAAUCAAUUUUUUAUUUCAUCUAAAAAUAUAUCAAUGCUAGGGUUUGAACCAUGGUCUCCUCCAUCAAAGACAAGAAUUAUAACCAAUUAGACUAGACACAUUAUUUAUACUUUAUUAAUACAAAACAUCGAGGAAGUUAAAAUUAUGAAAAACAUAGUACUUUUCUAUCACGGUUAUUUAGCCUGCUAAGUCUACUGUAAGUAUUUUGCGGUGUUUGAUAAUUCUAUUUUCAUAUUUUAAUAAUUAAUUUAGAAUUUUUUCUAACUUAUAAAUGAAGGAUAUUCUUAAAAUCUCAACACAAAUAUCAUUGGUUGGAAUAUUGCGCAUUGAAUUGAAGUGUUAUGCAAUGAUGCAAUGUUCAAGCUAAGGUCCAAGUAUUAAUCACCAGUAUAUAGUAUUCAUCAUAGUUAACUAUUUCAAUAUACAUAGCUAACUAUUAAUGGUUACUUGCUUUCUCUUUGAGAGUUUAAUGUAACACUCUCAUCCCUAGCUAUGCUCUAAGCAUUUGUUUUCUUUUUCAAAAUAUCAUUUUCAGUUAUUUAUUAAAUCAACUUUGUUUCUAGCUUUCAAUUUCUAAUUAUUCAGUGUUUCAUACCAUCUUAUGGAAAUGCUCAAUAUAUUUUUUAUGUAUAAUCUAUUGACCAUAAAUGUUGCUUAUCACUUAAAUUCAACGGUAUCCAUGUUAGAUUUGAUGUCACCAACAUAUUCUCCCAAUUUCUCCAAAAGACAUCAUAUCUUGAGAUUGUUAUCAUAGUUUCGUUAGGUAAAGGCAACAAACUCAAUCAAUAUUCGAACUCUUUGGAGUAGCUAUGUACAUGCGAAUAUGAAGUACUGAGUAGCUAAAACUCUGCUUGAGUUAGUUCAAUCUUUUGCGCUAUCAAUUCAAAAUUCAAUAUAUGAUUAUCUUAUUACAAUUUAGUCAUACUAAUUGUGCAGUAGGGGACAUCUUAUCAUAAUCGUAAAGAAAGACUCUUUGAAUGAUCGCUUUCAUGAUGUAAUCAAUUAUACCAAAAUAAAAGUGACCAAAUUUAUAAGAUGUUCUCAAAGUUUUCUAUAAUUAUUGAGGUUCAACAGAACGUUAGGCGUACGACGAUUAUUGGCCAUUUUUCUAUCUCCUAGCUCGCUUAGACAUGCUUACACAUUAUCAUAAAAAUAGCAAUUUUUAAUAAUAAUGAAUAAAAUAACAGUUAUGAAACGCUUUCAUAUACUUUAGUUCAAAUUAUUUAACAACAAACGAAAUAACUCUCAAGUUUAUAAAUUAUUUUCUUUUACCAAAUAAUAUAAUUAAAUCAUUCAUGAGCUGAAAUAGCUAAUUAUAAGCACUUCAAAUUUAAGUUGAUACAAUUGUCUGAUGAAAUGGGUUUUAUAAUAGAGUGGUUUAUCGAGAGAGGUCCCUAAGAAACAUGGCUUACUUUA